AAUAGGGAUAUGAAGUCAGGGCCUCAAGACAAACAAAUGCGACCAAUGUGAGAAAACAAAGGGACCUGCAACAGUGGAGUAAAGAGAGAAAAGGAAGUGUGAUAUAAGAAGAAAGUGAAAUUAAAAGUUCUUGUCCCUUUUCGUUGGCACAGGACAGCAAGAAACAGCAUCUCCAAGUGGCAUGACUAGAUUUCUGGACGUGCAGUGUGAGUUGGAUAUGAAUCUGCUUUGCUGGGGUAGUGGGCAACUCGGCCAGACCGGACAUGGCGUACCAGGGGACAUCGGUCCAGAGGAUGCCCAUCUGAGAGAGUUCACAGAGGUCAGGUUGGGCAGGGUGAAGCUGCUGGCAUGUGGAUCCAGUCACUCCAUUGUGAUUACAGUGGACAACAAGAUCUUCGCAUGGGGAAAUGGCACCAGUGGACAACUGGGUGACGGAGAGAGGGCAGUAAAGCAUCAGCCAGUCGAGGUUAAGUUGCCACUGAACGUCGAAGGAAGUGACGCAGAUGUGGAUGUUGUCAAUAUAGUUGGAGUGGCUUGUGGAAGCAGACACUCCUUCGUUUGGACUGAAUCUGGGCAGGCCUACAGUUUUGGCAACAACUUUUACGCCCAGCUGGGCUAUGACUUCCAGAGGGCUGACUUCAAAGAGCACCAGCUGGCGCCGCGUUUGUUCCUGAAUCUUCCGUCAUCUCUGAAAAUAUCUCAAGUGGCCUGCGGAGAGCGACACACUCUGUUUGCGCUGGAGGACGGCAGUGUGGCGGCAUGUGGGCAGAAUGAUUAUGGACAAAUUGGCAGUGGUUCAAAUGAAAAUGUGGUCGUCCCUCGCUUUGUGGAGUGUGUGGACCACGUGUCGAAGGUCACCUGUGGGGCAAACCAUAAUCUUGCACUGACAGGUGACGGCAGGUUGUUUCAGUGGGGCUGUGGACGGGCAUGUGGGAACAUAAGGAGGAAUAUCCUGUUCCCAGAGGAAGUGACGGGACCAAGCUCUGCGGUGAGAGACAUUGCUGGAGGAUGUUGGCAUAGCCUGCUUCUAACAGAUGGUGGGAAUGUCUUCUCCUGGGGGAUGGGGCAAGAGGGGCAGCUUGGACUUGGAGAGGACAGGAUUCAUAUCUCCACCCCUUGUCUUCUCAGCUGUUCUCAGUUAGCUGAGGUCACACAGAUACAAGCAGGGGACAGCUACAGUGCAGCAGUAACAGUAGGUGGAGAGCUGCUUCUCUGGGGUCAGAUCCCCUGUGUGUCCCGGGUCAGUGAUCAUCCAGGCCUCAAAAGGCUCUGGACCCCCCAGCCUGUUCCACUGGCAGGUGAAAAGGUAUGUGAUGUAUCCUGUGGAACCUGGCAUAUGAUGGCCCUCACCACAAGGAGCAGAGAGAAGAACAGAGAAUGUGCUCACCCAGAAACUGAAGCUUGCUUCAGAGACCUUGUCAGCAAUCCCCUACCGACAGAGCGCACAGAGACAGAAAACCCAGUGCAAGACUCCAGGCAGGUUCAUCUCAAGUUGCUUCGAGGUCUGGAGAGACCAGUGAGCAGGACCACUGAGGAGCAGGAGAAAUAUAAAGAAAGCAAGACUGCAGAGGAAGAAGAAAGACUUGACGAAAGACCAAACAAAGAUGAGGGAGAUGGAGCAUUUCAUGAUUCAGCAUUAACCAUAGCCAGGUCUGCUGUGAGGAUGGACAGGAGAGGAAAUGGCCAAUCAUCAAUCAAAUCCAACCAGGGGGCUGAGAGGGAGGGUUGCAGGACAGCAGGGCCGUGGGAAACGAAGAAAGAACCAUGCAGAAGCAGAGGAAGCAGAGAUGCAGUCUUUACUACUUUGCAUCUUUUACCCAGGUCAGAGGAAGAGCAAUUCAGGCCCAAUACCAGCACCUUUCCCCGCAUACUUACAGGACAGCAAGCUCAUAGCAGAGUUUCAGCUGGGGCUCGGAAGGAGAGAGCUACACAUCUGACUGAACUUGUUCAAAAAUGUGAAAGUGACAGAAGUUCCAGGCUCAGACCCAAACCCACACCUCCUGGGAGAUGUACAGGUCCUGUGACUCAGAGGAUAGCCUCUUGUCACCAUUCAAGAAUUAGACUACACUCUGGCCUCAUGUGUCCGAUUUAUAAUUCUCCUUCCCAUCUGAGCCCUGGACAGCAAGUUCAGAUGUCCUCCCCUUCCUUACACCUGGGACCACAAGUCAAAAUCUCUCUUUCUCCAACCCCUUCCUCUUCUGAACCAUUCAGGUACUGUCCAACACACAGCAGAGGGGUUUCUGCCUUUGGCACUUCUCGGAAGAAUCAGUGAGAAUCCGCAGAUCCAGUUCUGUUCACUUCUGGACCUAGAAAAUGUAUCUUAUUUAUCUGAUAUUGUAGUGUUUCAAAUGUGUAUAUUAACCCUAUUAUGUCAGGUUACGUGAACGAUUUGAAAACAAAAAUAUGUUCAGAGUAUCCAUAAAGUCAUCAGUGUCUAAAGCAUUUUUACCCCUUAGUCCCCAAAAAUUAAUGGAGAGAGAAUGUGCACUCUAUUAUCUACUUAAUAACACGUAUAAAGCUAAAUUAUUUUGGCUCCAAGGUGACUAGGCGAUACCAGACGACUGAAGAUCUCAGUGCCUACCAAUCGUCUGGGGAUUUCUAAAUGCAAAGUAGUUGCUUGAACGGCGGCACAAACGGCCACUAACAAACGUACGCACCUUACUUCAAGGACAUGCCUUACCUGAAACAAUGCUCUCCCCCCAUCCACUGGAGAUAUAGCGAAUCACUUUGUAACAUGGAGUGACAUUGAAAAUCGAUGUCCUGAGCAAUGUUAUAUAUUACAUCAGUGUUUACAAGCACACGACUUCCUCAUGUCACCGCCCCAAAGACUUUGAAUUGCUUCUGCAAUGCCGAUUUUUUUGACUCUCUAACUGUUUCCACACUGUUUAAGCAAUGAAAGCUGGGAGAAAGUCCUCAGUCUCUGUUGAGCGAAACGUUUAGAGACAAGGUGACUGACAAACAGCCUUUUUUGCUCUGUAAGAGCUCUCUAAAACAGAAUCCAGAACAGCAUUAAUGGGCUUCACUUUAUGAUUUGGCAUAUAUGUUCCUCUUACAACCAUCUCAGUCAGCGACACUCAUGAACCUUAACCUCAUCUGAAAGCAUUAGACUUUGGUCUUACAGUCAAAGCUGUAUGUAGGAGUCUUUGAAUCACCACAUUUCAACAGGCCCUUAGAGGAUUUAGUUUUUUUUACUGUAUAUACUACCAAGCCUCCUUCAUUUUAAUACUUACAGUAUGUUGUUUAUUAAAGACAUAACGCCCUCUCAGAUCUUGGCCUCUUGUAAGACAUUUCACGGUGUAGUGUUUUCAUGGCUGCCCGUCUCUGCAGUAUGAGUCACAUAUGCAUGCUGCUGUGGCUCUUUUGAGCGUGAGAAAAUACUAUAUGAUGAGGGUCCUCAAAACAAAGUAGGAUCAUUACAGGAAACAGAGCUUUCUUCGAGUCUGCUUUGCUCUGUUUUGUUUUUUUGUUUCUCAGAGAGAGGUACUUCAUUAGUCUCGUACUACAUGCAAACUGGUUCUUUGCCACAGCACUGACCACAACCACAUAGUAAUUCCUCUUGUCAGGAUUUCAUUAUUAACAGCGCAUGUGAUGUUUUCUCGUUAUCUACAUUUACAAAAAAGGACCUUCUGUCAAUAAGAUGUUGGCAGUGUGGGGUUAGACACAUCACUCAGAUAUGUAGACAAUAUAAGUACAUUUAUUUCUCAAUAAUAUUAAUAUUUCAUAUUAAUACCUCUAGUAAUGCCGGGGUGAUUAAUAUUUUAUUACUUUAAGCACUGAUUUUACACGGUGUAAAGUUUUCAAUUACUGUACCACCUCUACGUUCUGAGUUAUAUUGAAAUUUUGAACACAUAUAUUAUUCCUGUUCCUGUUAUUCCUCAUCACAGUAGUCGUCAUUUCAGUUGGACAAAGAAUACAAAUGAACAUCAAAGCUAUUAAUUACCUUGAUUGCAGUUUUAUUAAAGGUUAAAGGAGAUACUAGUGUUAAUUUUGUGAACCCAUUUAAAAGGAACUGUUGCUCCAACAGAGUGACAAGGACUACAAUAAAAGUGCUUUUGAAUUGAGUCAUAGAUUUGCUUUUGUGAGUACCAAACCCAACACUGAUUACAUACAGGCAUUCAGUACUGAUGGCAUUGAGACAUCCGCCCUCAUCCCACCCCAUCGUCUCUUACACUCCCUGUGGUUUGUUUUGGUGUGUGUGAGUAAGUGUUGGUUGUGUGUAUCACGUUUUUGCCCUGCGAGACUCCUGCCAAUCGAUUCAAGGUGAGACCUGUCGAUUAAACACCCUGAGCUGUGCUCUCUACCUAACCCCAGGGUGAUUCAAUCCCACCCCUUACACACACAUACACACACCCAUGCACAAACACACGCACCCAUACACUUCACCUGUCAUCCAUCAAUACCUCCAUCGGGGCCUCUAUUGAUCCCCUCCAUCCCGCCUCUUCACCCCAUGCAGUACAACAUCAGGGCCAAGAUGACGUCCGUGCAGGUUUAAUUUCUGACAGAUUUACAAUAAAGCUCAAGUUAUUAUUUAACUCUUCCGGCCGCAGUGUGCUCUUUGAUUUAGCACCCUGGGAGAGGAUGAGUUACAGCUGACACGGAGAAUCUGCCGGGGCUGGAAUGGUAGGCACCCGGUUCAUAACUCAGCCGCCGAAUGUGUAGUUAGUCAAUCACUUGAUCUGUAAUCACAAAUGCUGCCAGAAAUUACAUGAGUGAUGAGCUGUAAUAAAAGCACUUACUUUUCC